AUGGCUUACUAUCUAGCUGAUGGUAUCUAUCCUUCUUAUCCUACUUUUGUUAAAUCAAUUAGGUUACCUCAAAGUGAACCAGACAAGUUAUUUGCACAACGUCAGGAGGCGUGUCGGAAGGACAUCGAACGUGCAUUUGGAGUUUUGCAGGCUCGAUUUAAAAUCAUUCGUGAACCAGCUCGCCUGUGGGACAUAGCCGAUUUGGCUAUCAUCAUGAGGUCGUGUAUCAUAUUGCAUAAUAUGAUUGUUGAGGAUGAACGAGAGACAUAUGCUCAACAUUGGACUGAUUAUGAUCAAUUUGAGGCAAGUGGGUCGAGUACACAACAACCAUUCUCGACCGAAGUGCUACCCGUAUUUGCAAAUCAUGUGCGUUCUAGAUCCGAGUUGCGUGAUUCAAAUGUACAUCACGAAUUGCAAGCAGAUCUAGUCAAACACAUAUGGGCCCAAUUCGGAAUGUUCCGUGGUGAAUGA